AUGGAUAUUGAUCCUCCUCAACCCCCCUCACUACCCCCUCCACCACCUACUCCACCUACUCGUCGGAGUGGCCUUCCCAACCGGCGUACUCGUAUGCCAGCCAAAUUUAAUGAUGCUGCGCCACCCCCUGCGCCGCGCGUUCGACGAUCUGCGACAACCAACCCGCAAUCUGGCCAUAUCCCUCCAUCUCAACCCGUCCCAUCAGCACUAGAUGUCUCUCCCCCUUCACAAAUUCCAAGAGAAUGGGUGGAGACAGCCCCAAACGCGUUUGGCCUCUAUAAAGUUUACCCACGUCGACCUACUCACGACCCCGACGCCUCAGUAACUCUUGGAGAGCUUUACCAAGUGCCUGGUCCAGAAGAUGUCAUGUUGGAAGAUCUCCCACUUCCCUCAGAGCCUUGGUAUUAUCCUUUCCCAAAUGCCUCGGUCGCCCACAUGAUGAAAUAUCAUAUCGAAGAGGAACACCCUCAAUCGAUAGCUGGGUUCGACCGCUUCGUUGCGAACAUUUUACAACCAAAUCAAGAAGCACAAUCGGAUGGAAUUACGCUCAAUGAAUUACCAAUGCCUUUUUCGACGCAAAAAUAUCUGGACCACCUGGACACACAUGGUAUCACCCCACUCGGGAUUACAGAUCAAUGGAAAAAUGGCUCUGUCAGCCUCAAGCUCCCUUGCGUGGGGCAUCAUCAGCCUGAAUCCGCCGCACCAGUUUUCGUCGUCAACGAUAUCCUUUUCCGUCCGCUGCUUGACCCCAUCAAGGAAGUCUUGCAGGGUCCGCUCUUCCAAAAAUUCCAUACCACACCAUUCUCACUGCGGGCUAUCCCUGAAUCCGAUCUGGACUUGCCCGAUAUCGUUAUGCACGACCACGACAGCCAACCCUCUCUCAAUGAAUAUGGAAUACCUCCUCUUCCCGCUGGACACGAAGAAAUCUUCAGUGAAAUAUGCACUUCCGCUGCGAUGCUCGAGGCCUAUCAUGCGCUCCCUCAGCCACCACCACCUCAAAGUCCUGAUGAUCCGGUGGAGAGUAUUGUUGUCGCCCUGAUGGAGUGGUCUGAUGCAACCCACCUUGCGCAAUUUGGCACCGCAUCGUUAUGGCCUGGUUAUACCUUCUUUGGAAAUCAUCCCAAAGAUUUUCGCAGUAAACCUACAUCUAAUGCGGGAUUCCAUCAAGUAUAUUUCGCGUCGCUUCCUGACACGGUUGGCGACGCCUAUCGAGAGCACUACAAAUGUGAUAUGCCAGAUACCCAUCUAAAGCGUGAACUUAUUCACGCCAUUUGGGAGUUGCUGCUCUCCGACGAGUUUAUCGCUGCAUACGAUAAUGGCAUCAAAAUCAAAUGUUGGGACGGCUUUAUACGGUUGGUUUUCCCUCGUUUCCUCAUUUAUGGCGCGGAUUAUCCUGAAAAGGUUCUUCUUGCGAUGAUUCGAAGCUUUGGUGGAUGUCCUUGCCCUCAGUGCUUUAUCAAAAAAGCGCAGAUCUCUGAAACCGGCACCGUCAACGAUAUGAAGCGUCAGAGCAACCUCCGAGUGGAUGAUCAUUCACGACGGUAUACCAUAGAGUCUGCCCGAGCUGCCAUGUUCGCCAAUGGGAAUGCUGUUGCCAGUUCCGCCAUCGACAAAAUGCUCAAGUUGUAA